AGGGGAACCGAGCUCCUUACACUCGGAUCGACAGGUUGUUGGUAAGAAAUUCAGCCUUUUGGUGGAGCUUUUGCUGGUGUUAAAUGAAAUUUGCUUGUUAUUCUUAUUUUAUCUUCAUUUUUUAAAAUAUUUACAAUUAAACCACAAUGUAUACAUCAUCAUUUAUAACACAAAUCCCUAAGUUUUCCUUCUCUCGUUCUUCUCCAUCCGCCGAUCUCCUCUUUGAACAGAAUCUUUGCCGUCGCCGACUGCUCUGGUUAGCACAGAAAAGCAAGUUUUUCUGUCUUGUUCCGGUCUCUUUUCUUCUUCAUUCUCACCCUAUAGUAGAUUUCCCUUUUCUCGAUCUUGCUGCUCUAUUCAAGCUCACACAUCCUCAUCCUCCUCACCCCAGAUCUAGUGGUGUAGCCUCUAAUCUUCAACGGUAAGUUCUUGAUCCAGUGGUUUAUUAUAGUUCUCUAGUGCUCUGGUGCCCACGAUUUUCAUCUCAUAUGGAUUCCCUCUUCACAAUUGAUCUGGAAACAAAAACCCUACCCGCACAAUAGAAGAGAGGAGAUUCGGAGAAGCAAAAAAAAUGGGAGUGCAAU